AUCAUUAUUCUCAAUUUCAAAUUUACAGGUUUCAGUUACGGACAGACAAUCCAGGCAAACCAACAUGAGGUUUCUGGAGAAGAAGGUCACCAUGUUACUCUGUCCUGCAACUACUCCUCAGCCCAGAGUCUUCUAUGGUAUAAGCAGUAUCCAGGAUCAGCUCCCCAGUUCCUCCUGCUCAUCCUUCACUCCACUGGGACAGGAGCUGAGCCUCUGGACUCUCGCCUCUCUGCCAAACUGAACACAGAGAAGACCUGUGUCGAGCUGGAAAUCUCCUCUGUUACAGUUACAGACUCUGCUCUGUACUACUGUGCGCUGAGGCCCACAGUGACAGGAAACCCAGACACACUUCUGUUGUGGUACUGCCAGUAUCCUGGAUCAGCACCACAGUUCAUCAUACAAGACUAUACAGGGAGCAUAACCAACCCAGUACCAGGACUGACUAUCCACAAUGUCAAAGAUCAGAAGCUUGUGGAACUUGAGAUCUCCUCUGCUGAAGUGACAGACUCUGCUCUGUACUACUGUGCCCUGAAGCCCAAGUAUAAUCAACUCUCUUUGAGUGCAGAGGACAAACCGAAAAUGUGGACAGUCUACAAGAGAAUUGAUCGCUGUCGAAGGACAAUUUGCAACCUUGAGUUGUGA